AAACUCCGCAUCAGCACCUUCCCUCUCACCUGGACGAACACGACGACCGCAUCCCUCCCAGGGCCUCCGAGGGUUGCGCUGCGGCCUCGCGCGUCCGCAGGUGCGGAGCUGAGUGUAUCGCAACCCCCGGGCGACACCCCCACCCCGCCGGCCUCACCCCACAGUAGCCACCCCAGCAGCAUCCUCGGCCGAAUCACGGCGCGUCACACUCGCCGAGGACUCCCCGGCACGAGCACGCGCCGCGAGUGCGACUCGCCCCCGACCGCGACCCGCGACCCGCGCCGACUCGCCCUGACCAUCGGCCACCCCGACCGGCGUCGAGACCACGGCGAGGACCGCCGGGAGGCGGCCAAGGGAGCAGCACCAGAGCCCCGUCGCGUCGCACCCAUGGCGGUGGUCCGCACACUCUGAGCACCGCGCCGAGCAACAAGGACAUGAUGUCGGCACUGAGCGCGGCCGAGCUCGGCGUGGCCGGCUACGGGGACUUGGCUCCGUACGGCGCCCUGUGGGAGCAUCACCACCACCAUCCGCCCACCUACCACCACCCGCACCCCGCCGACCUGCUGGCCGCGGGCUUCCCCGCUGACCUGUGGGGGGCGGGCGGCCCGCAGUCGCACCGCAUGCUGCCUCAAAGGUUCGGUGGCGUUCCCGUCGGCGCGGUGGGGCUGGAAAGCCGCGGCGGCGGCGGCGGCCUGGGUGGCGGGCUGGGCGGCGGGCUGGCCGACGGCUCCCCCAAGGCCGGCAGCACCACGUCGCUCAGCAGCCCCGGGUCGCAGGGCUCGGGCGCCUCGGGCGCCACGCCGUCCAGCAGCAGCAAGAAGACGCGGCGCCGCGUGGCCACCAUGGCGCAGCGACGCGCCGCCAAUAUCCGCGAGCGCCGCCGCAUGUACAACCUCAACGAGGCCUUCGACAAGCUGCGCCGAAAGGUGCCGACCUUCGCCUACGAGAAGCGCCUGUCGCGCAUCGAGACGCUGCGCCUCGCCAUAACCUACAUCUCCUUCAUGAGCGAGCUCAUCGGCGGCGACGCGGGCUGCCGGGUGUCGCUCGCCUCGCCGAAGCCCGCAGAGCCGUACGCCAUGGGCGGCCAGCGCGGCUACCCGCACGGCGCCUACCCGCUCAUACCGACAUAGAGAGUUCGGUCAACGCGGCCUCUCCCUUACACCUGCACCUGCAGGGGCAGGGUGGCCCAAAGACUUCUGUUGCUUGAUGGCGUUAGGAUGACUGAGGGCAUCACCUCGGUUUCAAAGGUCUCAAAAGUGACUACUGCGGACAUCGUCCAAUUGGAGGGUCGGUUCCUCGAAGCCAGGGGCGCCCAAACGAGGGUCAAGGUCGGUCAGCUGACAGACCUCAAAAUUCCGAAAGCGGAGGUGGAAGGAGAGGAAAGGGGUGAUAGCAAGGGAGGGAAGGGGAGGAGAAAGGAAGGGAAAGAGGGAGAAGGAAAGGGGGGAAAAAGAAAGAGAAAAGAGAAGGAAAGAAAGGAAGAAGGCGGUGGGAGACAUGUAAAAGGGUCUAUUUACAGUAUGUUUGGUCCGUGGUAGCUAGCAAAGUAGUUUUACCCCACACGACUGCUUUGAAAAACCUAUCCAUCGGGCUCAUAUUAGCACUGAAAUCAGCAAUGCAGCUUGCCUGGAUUGAAAAGGAAAUUUUUGAUUCUGUCCAUUCACAACCAGAAAAAUUUCUUUAGAAAAAAAAAACAAAUGUGCCAUACCAGUAUAAAUUAUUUGCAGCCAUAAAGAACAUGUGCCUCAAGGAAGUUUGUACGUUAAAACUCAGAAAUGUUCUUCCGUAAGCACACUUGGUUAUGCGCCCUAGCGUCCGAAAACAUACAGUAGCCUUACUGGUCCAAACAUAUUGAGAGAGGGUAGCCCUUUCUCAUGAUACAAAAGACCAAAAUUAUUACUACAUUGCAAACAGUAAAGAAAAAAUCAUUCAAUUCUCUAUUGUGUAAGUGUCUGCCCGGCUGUAAGUAGUUUUUCAAGGGGGUUGUAAACACCAUUUAUGUUGAUUUUCUUUUGUUAUGUAAUAAAUUACUUUUAAAAUAAAUUAUGUUUAAAAUCAACUUGUUAAAAUUUGUUAAAAUAAAUAGAAGGUUUAACGCUGUUUUGCAUAUUCUUCACUGUUUUUCAUAAGUAUAGUAGUGUGUGAUGUGAUAUUGAAUUGAAGAGUAUGUAUCAUGUCAGCUGGUUGUUGCGAAUUAAAAAUACAGAACUUGA